AUGUCCUUCUUCGGCGGCCGUCGUGACGAGGAGGAGCGUUUCACGGAAACAGAACAAUACUCCACCAACUACGACCGCGGCUACGGCAAUCAGUAUGGUGGUCCACGCAACGAUGAACGCUUCACCGAGACUGAGACCACGACGUACCACUCCAACAACAACAAUAGCAAUAUCCCACCCCCACCGCAAGUCCCAUACCCCUGGCGUCCUCACUGGCAGGAGCGAGAGGGCCGGUACAUCUUCGUGAACGAACAGAAUGGAGAGCGUACGUGGGAGUUUCCGGGUCGUAGGGGUGGGUAUGAGACUGAGACUACCACGACUACUUAUUCCCAGCAAGGUGGUGGUGGGUAUGGUAGAGGCUACGGCGGUGAAGAGAGAGUCUACGAGCAAGACACGUACACGCAACGCGAGAGUGAACGCCGUGGCGGAGGUGGUCACGGAAUGAUGUACGGUGCCAUGGGCGCUGCUGCCGGGUUGGCUGGCGGUGCUUUCCUCAUGCACGAGGGUGGCAAGAUUGAAGACCGUUUCGAAGAAGACAAGUACCGCGUUGAAGAUGACGUGGAGGAUUUCCCUGAGAACGCUGCUCGUUGGACUGGCAACAAAGUGCAGGAGGUUGAGGAUAUCCCGGAGGAUAUCGAGGGAGGGUUUGAUAGGUUUGGGAAUCGGGUGGAGAGAAAGUGGGAUAAUGCUGUUGAUGAUGUUGAGGAUGCGCCGGAGGAUGUUUCGAACUGGGCUGGUCGCAAAGUAGGCGAUGUCGAGCGCUUCGGUGACAAUAUGGAUAAUGCCUACGAUGGCGGUCGUGAUGAGUGUAGGUACGAUGACGAUGAUCGGUACUAG